AUGGAUCAGCGUUCACCAUCUGACCCAAGGAGGAUGACACCAGCCCUACUCCAGAUCCAGAGCCCAGCCAGCUGGCUCCCACACCCUGCACUGUCUGAGCCCACCACAGACACGGAGCCUGAGCUCAAUGGAGAGUCUGAUCAGGUGCAUGAGCCGUCUCCACUGGUUCCGUCCAGUCCCGAACCUGCGUCUGCUGAAUCUCCUGCGUCUUCUAUGGUUCUGCCCAGCUUCUGUUCUCCUGUGUUCCCUCCCAGCCUCCAUCUCCCACCUCCUCUACUUAAACCAGCCAGUUCCUCAUCCCUGCCUCUGCUGGUUCCUCCCUCCGACCCAUCGGCUCCAUCUUGGCUCCAUGUGCCCUCAUCUCCACUGUGGUCUGUCAUCCCAUCCUCCCAGACUUCCACCAUGGCUCCUCCCUCCUGCGACUUCACCAUGAAAGAUCUCGCUGACUGUGGCCUGGGUGAACCAACCCCUGUGGUGUGUAGCAGCAGCAAAGCAGAAUUCUGGGAGAAUGAACAAGCAGGCACAGAUCCAGUGUACUACCAUAACAUUCUGAACUUCAUUAAGUGGAUAUCUUUGGCCUUACAAAGGGCUGGUUCAGGCAGUCAGGAUAGGCCCCAUGACCCCCUUGGUAAAACAACGGGCUCAUUCUUUGCUCCACUGCUGACCUCAUUGUCUCUUUGUGGAGCGAAAAUCCAGAGUUGCAUUCUGCUCAGUGGUCAGACAGCUGCUGGUGUGCAGCAUCUCUGCUGUAAUGGAGGUGAGUGGAUGAGAGAGCAGUCCGAGCAGAUCCCACCAGGAAACACCGAUCCAAACAACCAAAACAUGAGUCUUAGCAGAGAUGCUGUGGCAGUGAUUGAGAAUCCUGUGGUCAGACAGUCUUUCCAUCCAGAGCAUCUGCAGGUGGACAGGAUUGAGACGGGCCAGAAUAAUCCCACCUGGAUCAGAGAGCUACAGUUUCUCCAUCCAGUGUCUGGCAAAGUGUCGGCCCAUAAACUGGUGAGAGUGUUUGCAGCUCUGUGUGUACUCUGUCUGCUGGGAGGUGUUGUCAUUGGAGUUUGGUUCAUAGUGAAAAUUCUCUUAAGGCCAAACUCAGCUCAGAGCCCUGUGAGUUUAGGAGACACCAAAGACACAUCCUUCUGCAAUGUAACCGAGGACACCUCUGUGAAGGACACCAGGAAAGUGUUUUACAGGAUCAGUGCUGAGAACUCUCUUCUGGAGAUCCAGCUGGAGAAGCUACAGAUGUGGCUGCCCGUAUGUUACGAGAGGUGGAACUCCUCUCUGGGAACGCUUGUAUGUCGACAACUGGGCUAUCUGAGAUUGUCAAAGCACAAAGGGGUGAAUCUGACUGAUAUUGGGCCGAACUAUACAGACGGAUUUGUCCAAAUCACCUCAGAACACCAAAGCAAUUUGGAGAGUUUAUGGCGUUUCAGGGUAAGCUGUAGUACAGGAAAGGUGAUAGCACUGAAAUGUUUUGAGUGCGGUACCAGAGCAAAGUUACCUAGGAUUGUUGGAGGAGUGGAAGCCACUCUUGGCAGAUGGCCCUGGCAAGUGAGUCUCUACUACAGUAACCGCCACAUCUGUGGAGGAUCUGUCAUCACCAACCAAUGGAUAGUUACAGCUGCUCACUGUGUCCACAACUACAGGCUACCUCAAGUGUCCAGUUGGGUGGUUUACGCUGGUAUUGUAACCAGCAAUUCAGCUAAAUUGGCUCAAUACCAAGGCUUAGCUGUGGAGAGGAUCAUCUACAACAAGAAUUACAACCACAGGAUGCAUGACAAUGAUAUCGCUUUGGUGAAAUUAAGAACUCUUUUGAAUUUCUCAGACACCAUCAGACCUGUGUGUCUACCUAAGUAUGAUUAUGAUCUACCAGGAGGAACCCAGUGCUGGAUCUCUGGUUGGGGAUAUACACAGCCAGAUGAUGUUCAUAUACCAGAGGUUCUCAAAGAGGCACCUGUACCUUUAAUAAGCACAAAGAAAUGCAAUAGCUCUUGCAUGUACAAUGGAGAGAUCACCCCUCGAAUGCUCUGUGCUGGAUAUACAGAAGGAAAAGUAGAUGCAUGUCAGGGGGACAGUGGAGGUCCUCUGGUUUGCCAGGAUGAGAAUGUCUGGAGGCUGGUUGGUGUUGUUAGCUGGGGAACAGGCUGUGCUGAGCCAAACCAUCCAGGAGUUUAUACCAAAGUGGCUGAGUUUUUAGGGUGGAUAUAUGAGAUUAUAGAGGUAAGUAUGAAUGAAUGA